CGCCGCCGGAUCACAGAACAAGAACAGAGAUAAACCAAAAAUGAACACUCAAAAGGUGCAGAAAAAUCAGUGUGAUAUGAAAACAGAUCUGAACUUACUGCUUGAAUGCCUUAAAUAUCAGAUGGACUGCCCUCUGUCUCAGAAGGAGGCUUUGAUCACUAUCUAUUCCAUUUGCCAACAAAACAGUGAAGCAAGCGAAUACUUUCGAGAAAUUGGUGGUUUGAUGUUUAUAAAUGACCUUGCCAAGUCGAGUGUUCAUUGCAUUGUAAAGGAAGCAGCUUUAUUUACAUUGGGGAUUAUUAUAGAGAGUAAUGUGUAUUGUCAACAGACUUUGUGUACCUCUGCAUUGUUUGAAGACCUAAUUUUAUUUUUAAUUAACAAGGAUUCUAGUGUGAACUUGAAAAGAAUGGCUGUUUAUGUCGUCUUAGUACUGGUUUCAAAUAAUAAAAAUGGGCAAACCUAUGUCAGAGAUACAGGCUGCAUCAGCCUGCUGCUGCAGUUAUUCAGAACAACUCUCUCCACCUCUGAGAAGAAUCUGUCAGAUGAAAACACUGAUCCCUGCUAUCAGCUCUGGUCCUCAGUGUGCAGCACUCUCUGUGCCUGUGUCAACAACCCCCAGAAUGAAGAUAAUCAAAACAUUUGCUGUUCAGUUUUUCCCUAUGCCAAAGAGUGUCUCGAGAGUUGCACAGUGCCUUGGAUAGUUCGUCCCAUUUGUUCAUUUCUUGGUCUCACGGUUGCAAAUAACUCAUAUGUGCAGAAAUAUUUUGUUUCUAUUGGAGGAUUGGAUACAUUAGCCAAAGUUCUCCUUGAGCUUAUGCAUGAUUCCUCUUUGAGUCUCUCCAGCAUGAAACUUGCCGUGGUAGUAACAAAGACUCUGGAUGCCUGCAUUACUAAUAACUCUGCCAUGGGUGUUGUCUUGGCAAAGUAUCACACUGUGUCAGAGCUGCUGAAGCUGCUGUCCAAUGAGACACUGAGCACAGGAGAAAAAAUCAGUAUUAUUCUAACAAUUGGACACUGUACUGAAGUUUGUGAAGAAAACCAGUGUGAUCUGCUUCAGAACAAUGGUCUGCCACUUAUGAUUCAGGUAUUGACAGAAUCUCAGGACGAGGAACUCAUCAAAGCUGCAACUUUUGUGCUGCAGAACUGCAAACAAAUGACUGAACAGUUGUCUCUGAAAUUAUAUGAUAACUCAUUAAAUGUGAACAGUGCAGAAGAAUUGGAUAUGCCAGUCAGAAAAAGUUGUCUACAAGACUACUGGAAGAAAGCAGAAGAAAUUUCACACAGAAUAAACUCACUUGAAAAAGAGCAUGAUGAGGAAAGAGUGCAAGGAGAAAUAUUUGGAUCUUCAGUAGCCAAUUCUGAAGCAUUAAAAUCCCAGGACGUGAAUCCUGCUGAUCCAAAGAAGUACACAGAAAGAACACAGAAAGAUGUUUGCUGUCCACAGUUGACCUCAAAGUUGAAUAAUCAGGUUCUUGCUCCAUCUGUAAUUUCUGCUCCACAAAAAAGUGAAACAGGGAACACUAUGGAUGCAGCUUCUACCAGACAAACUGAACAGAGGAACAUUCCACGUUCAGUCACUGAACUGCAAACAGAUAGUGUACCUCAAAGUCACAAUAUAAAUGGAAAAACUGCUUGUGGAAAAAAACAGUCUGGUCUUGAAGCAGGUGAACAGUUAUGUAAACAAGCAGCAGAGACUGUUAAAGAUAUGAAACAGACAUGCACAUCAGAUCAACAUUUAUUGUGCUCAGAGAAAACUGAGAGAGUCAAAAGUACUUCAGUAACAUCUUCAUCCCAGGAAAUGGCAGAUUUAAGGUGCUUAGGUUGCACAGCAGGACUGUCCUUGAACAGUAAAACUUUCACUGAGGUGUUGCAGAGUUGCCUGCACAGGUGUGAGCCCCACAGAGUCAUCCUGGAGGCUGAAGAAAGAUACCGAGGGGAACUCCUCAGGGCAACUGCUGGUAACAGCAGCAGAUCUGCAACUCACCAAGGCAUUCUUUUGACUCCAAAUAGAAAAGACAAAUCUAAGACUUCAAAGAGAGAUGAACAUAGUAGAAAUAUUAGGUGGACUAGCAACUAUAACUUGACACCUGCAUAUGAAAAGUCUUUACAAAAAAUCCAAGAUGCUAACCUGAAGAGACAGAGAGUCAAAGAGAUGUGCAGCCAGAAAUGUCAGAACUUAAAAGAAAAUUGCACACAUUCACUUGACAAAGAUGAGGGCAAUGAAAUGUGUUCCCUGGCCAUGAGCAUGCCACCUUUGAAAAAGAGAAGAGCCCGAAAAGAUUUCACAACUGAAGAAAUCAACUGGCUUUUGAAAGGAGUACAAAAAAUGGGGAACCACUGGAAUUUGAUUUUGUGGUCUUACCCUUUCCAGAAAGGACGGACAAGCGUUGAUCUUUCCAAGAAGUACUACAGGUUACAGGUGCAGGUACUCACCACUGAAUUUUCUACAGAUGGCAAAUGCUGUGAGCCCAGUUUUCAUCGUUAGCUCCUGAGCUGACUUGCAGAAAUAGAGGCUUUCAGAGUGUGCAGCCAUGGGAUUGUGCCUCGUGUCAGUGCAGUGCCCAUGAGAAUGGUCUCUGGUGUAAUUCCAUCAGAGCUGGUACUUGAAGAGGGAGAACUAAAGCAUGGAAAGACCAGAGAGCCUUGGAACCUGCCACUGCCACCUGACAGGGUACAAAGAGAAUGAGAGUGUCAUUCAGGACUCUGAAUUAAUCCCUGUGUUUUUCAUGGAGUUGGUCUCCUCUCUGCUCAGCCUCUGUUGUGAUGCUGGUCUGUGAGAGCCUCUGCAGCAGUUUGCCAGUGGUUAAUCCAUGCAUCCCUCACACAGGGAGCAUUGCUCCUGUGCUUUGAAGACUGUGGGAACAAUUAAGUGACAAGCCUUUGUCUACUGAAAGCUGGUCUGUAAUUGUGCAGUGGUUUGGGGCAACAUUUAUCUUGAUAUUUUCUCUUUUAUCUCCAUUUUAUAGAUUAAAAAAGCCCACAAAGGACAUCAAUAACAUCAUCUGACGGUGCUUUGGAUUUCAUUGCAGAAUGUUCAAGAACAGCCUUUGUAACAGUGAGGUAUUGCCAGAACAGCUUGAGUCCUUGGAGAAGUUAGGUUGGCUUGAACUCCUGUUUUUCAGUGACAACUGACAGAAUUGUUAUGCAUUGUAAAUUUAAUUUACCAUAACUUGACAAUUUCUUUAAGUAAUUCUAUCAUAGGCAACAAAAUCUCUAU